UGCCUGGGAAGUACCGCGGGAAAACGUAGUACUAGGUCAAGUGUUGGGUUCAGGUGCUUUUGGUCGUGUUGUCGCGGCGACGGUCUCUGGUCUGCUUCACUCUCACUCUACAACUAAAGUGGCCGUUAAGAUGGUAAAAGCCAGCAGUGGAGCAGACCAGUCCCUGAUGUCUGAGCUGAAGGUUCUUCUUCAUCUUGGUCCUCAUCUCAACGUGGUCAACCUGCUGGGAGCGUGCACGAGAGGAGGUCCUGUCUAUCUGAUUACGGAGUUCUGUCGUUAUGGAGACCUGGUCGGCUACCUGCAGAGGAACAAACACACCUUCCUGCAGACUGACACACUCAGUGACAGUGAUGGAGGUUACAUGGACAUGAAUAAAGAAGAGAGCGUUGAAUACGUCGCCAUGAAGGAGCUCAGCUACGCCGACAUCCAGCCCGCCGUGUACGAGACGCCGUGCACGCCGCCAGACCACCAGGGGGCGUCCUCUCUCCUCAGCCCCAGUGACCUCCUCAGUUUCUCCUUCCAGAUCUCUCAGGCCAUGGACUUCCUGUCCUCCAGACACUGCGUCCACAGGGACCUGGCAGCGAGGAACGUCCUGGUCUGCGAGGGGAAGCUGGUGAAGGUCUGUGACCAUGGUUUGGCCCGAGACCUGAAGAAGGACCAGGACUACGUCUCCAGGGGACACAGCUUCCUGCCGGUGAAGUGGAUGUCUCCAGAGAGUAUCUUCCAGAACAUCUACAGCUCUCAGAGUGACGUCUGGUCCUAUGGAGUCCUGCUAUGGGAGAUCUUCUCCCUGGGGGGGAGUCCAUACCCCGACCUUCCCAUGACUCAGCAGUUUUACACGUCUCUGAAGAGAGGAUACAGGAUGAGUCGCCCUGACCACGCCCCCAACGACAUUUAUGAUCUGAUGAAACUGUGUUGGGAGGAGAAACCUGAGUCCAGACCUUCUUUCUCCUCGCUGGUCGUCGCCGUGGGCAACAUGAUGACCGACGACUACAGAAAGCGUUACCUCCAGCUCAGCGAGGACUUCCUGAAAGGUGAAAAUCCAGCUGUGGUCAGUUCCAUAGGCCGUCCAAUAGGAGACCUGGACCGGUCCACAGGCUGUCCAAUAGGAGACCAGGAAGACGCCGAUGGAAGUCCCGCCCCCCAGGUCAGUGUUCGCCGGCUGGAGGCGGAGCCAGAGGAGGCAGGCCCCCCCCACGGCAGUUACAUCAUCCCUGUCACUGACAUCACCAUAGAAACCUGGGGCAGUGCUGCGCCGGACGCAGUAAGCCAUCAGAUGUCAGAGUCUCCUGGAGAACAGGAAGUGACAUCACCAGUGGACGGACAGGAAGUGACAUCACCAGAGAAGAGUCCUGAGGAAGAGCAGAGCUUCCUGUGAAAUGAGAUCAUAACUUUAUGAUAUUCAGCGGCAUAUUCUUUGAUAUUUUACGGGCGCUGUCUGUGUAUAUCUGCAUUGUUAUCGUAAUCUGCUUCCAGACAGACUUCCUUCACGUCUAAUAAAGGUUUUACUGA